AUGGGUCGCUUAGACAGGAUGUAUUUAUUGUUUGUCGCCGUCUUAUUAUCAACACAGCUGUAUACAAAUGCUGAAGUUAGCGACACGGAUCUCAAUGAUUUGUCGGAACAACAGAAUUCCGUGCAAAUCAACAAGUGUUGUGAAGAAAACGAAAUAGCCGUAGACUCUGUUUGUCGGUUAGCCGAACGAUAUAAUGAAAGCCUAUGGGUACCACAAUUUAAGACUGAAGAUGGAACAGAUGUUAAGUUAAAGUAUUUUAGAUUUAUUCAUGGCGUGCCUAAUUGUGAAACUACUCAAUUAAGACCUAUAUUUGACUUAGGAAAAUCUGAAGAUGAGUUAAACUUAUUAUCCGAUGGACGAUUAAAACAUUUAAUACAUCACCACAUUAAUGCAGAUGUAAUAAAAAAUGAUCCACUUAUGACAUUUAGUUUGCAUGAUGUAAUUUCUAUGCCAGAUGAGAAGGAACAAUCAUAUAUACACGACAAAAAUAAAUAUUGUAUGGAUAAGAUUCUAAUUACAAGUACAAACAGCACAGGACAAUAUGCCCUCGUAUGUGUACCAGAAGUGAAACGAAACUGGAAAGACACAAGCUUCCUAAUGAAAAAGAUAAUAAAUCCGAUAUUUCAUGCAAUUGCCAUGAUUUUAUAUUUAACAAUUGCUAUUAUAUAUUUUGUUCUACCGACUCUAAGGGACUUAGCUGGCAACAUUAUUACAACAAUUAAUCUCUGUUUAAUUGUUAGUCAAGCUGCUGAUUUUGUAAGAAUAUUUACUGAGUUAAGUAACCAUGUCAGUUUUAUGGUAACAGAUAUCAUUUUAUACAUAAGUUUACUGGGUGCCUUCUUCUGGUUAAAUAGUUUCGGGUUUUAUAUAUGGAAAACAUUUAAAUCAAGGAAUGUAUUCCUCAGAGUAACAGAUGUCCGGAAGUACUGUUAUUACUCCAGUGUUGUUUGGUCAAGUGUAGCAGUAAUGGCAGCUAUGGCUAUUUGCGCACACUUUUUACUAGACACUGGGACUAAUCCUAACAGAAAGAUGAGAACGCAGUUUUCAUCAUCAAUCCUGAUAGAUGAUGUGGAACAGGAAACUAUAGGUUGGCUUGGCAUUGCUAUAUUUUUCACUCCAGUUGCAUUUACAAUUAUUUUCAAUAUAUUUUUCUAUAUUACAACUUUAAAAGUAAUCAAAAGAAUUAAUAUCUAUGGGAGGAUCCACUAUAAAUUAAAAGGCUGCUUCGACCUAUUCCUGCAACUCUUCUUAAUAAUGACUCUAUCAUGGUUAUUCCUACUGUUAUCGUGGUUGAAUUUCGAUGGGCUGCUAUAUGCAUAUAUUGUCGUUAACUUAUUGCAAGCGAUACUAAUAUUCUACACCUGUGUAGUACGACAGUCUCACGUUACGUUUCUACUGCGUAAAAGCUGUUGUUAUGCGCAACCAGUGCCUACUGGGGAAUGGGGCGACGAAAUGACACAUAUGAAUGGGGGUAAUUAUUAA